UAGUCUAACGAUAUCGAGUAUAGCAAUUUAAUUUGUAUCAUAUAAAAUGGCACUUCGUUUGUUACCCUCGUUACGUUCAAACAGUAACACCAAAAUAUGUUGCGGAUUAAUAAAAAGAUGUUUUGCUACUUCGGAUAAAGAUAUUAAAGAAGUAAGUGAAUCGAGUUUAAUAAGCACAUCCAAAAUCAGUUUGGUAUCUAGAGAAAAAAGUUUGUCUGAAGAAGCUAGAAAACAUGAGUUAAUUAUUACAUCAGAGAUAGAAGAUGUUGCUAGUUGUUCUGGUGUUCCAGCAGAACAAAUAAGAAGUCGUACAGCUCGCAUUUAUUGUCCUGCAAAAAGUGCUAUGCAAUCUGGAACAAAUAAUAUCAGUGGUUGGCAAAUAGACUUUGAUACCCAAGAACGUUGGGAGAAUCCCCUAAUGGGAUGGACUUCAACAGGUGAUCCCCUAUCUAACGUCCAGGUGGUAUUUAAUACAAAGGAAGAAGCUAUUGCAUAUUGUGAUAAAAUGAAGUGGAAGUAUUAUAUUCAAAAACCAAACAUUAAUAAUCCUAAGCCUCGUAGCUAUGGUACCAACUUUUCAUGGAAUAAGCGCACUAGAGUUUCAACUAAAUAA